GUCAGACACCCAUGACUUCAUAUCCCGUUGCCCCCCCUCCGUCCUACGGAACCGCCCCUACCAAGCCUUCGCGCGACGAAGCCCAGGAGCCUUUGUUGGGCAGCUCCUCCCGAUCUGGAGGUGGCAUAUUCGAUCAGCCCGAUGCAGAUGACGUCCCGGACGAUUUCAAGUACGGGACGACUGUCUCCGACAGCUCUCCCGAAGUUCGCAAUGCAUUCGUGCGCAAGGUGUACACUAUUCUAUUAUGCCAGAUCGUUGGUAUUUUCCAGCCUUUCAUUCUUUCCACUCAUCUCCAGCAGUUUGCCACGGUUGUGUUCGGAGGUCUGCUCUCUCAGUCUAGCUCGGUUGUUACAUGGGUCCAGAACAACGUUUGGGCAUUCUAUGUUCCUACUUUCGGCACUCUGGUCAACCUGGGCUUGUUGUACUGGAAGCGCCACUCGCAUCCGUGGAACUUCGUCCUCCUGACUAGUUUCACCCUUCUCGAAGCUUUCACUUUGGGUAUCGUGGUCGCUUUCUAUGACAAUCUCAUCGUUCUUCAAGCGCUUCUCAUCACUCUCGGAGUUUUCAUUGGUCUGACUCUGUUUACAUUGCAGUCUAAGUAUAAUUUCGAGGGCAUGGGUCCUUUCCUUUUCGGCGCCCUUUUAGCUUUAUGCAUGACUGGUUUCGUCCAGCUGUUCAUUCCAUUCAGCCGAACCAUGGAUCUCAUCUAUGCUAUUGGUGGCUGCCUCAUCUUCUCUGGCUACAUCGUCUAUGACACGUAUAUCAUCAAUGCGAGACUGUCUCCCGACGAGUACAUCAUGGGUGCCAUCAGCCUCUAUCUCGACUUCAUCAAUCUUUUCCUGAGUAUCCUCCGUCUUCUCAACAAUGUUCAAGAACGGUGAAGGCAGAGAUGUCGCAGAAAGGCUCCGGAUGUCAUGCCUAGUUCCACUAUGAGUUUACCUUGUAUUUACUGAAUUUUUGAGGAAUGCGAUGCGUUCCGCAUGUUUA